UCCUCCGUCUUGUUCUCGUAUCAAUUGGCUGCUAAAGGACCCCUUCUGUUCAUCAAGACAUAGGCGAGCUGCGUACGGAUUCCUGCAACUUUGACGUACUUAAAAACUUCAACUCAUUGUUCAUGCCUUCUCCGGCUGGUGGUGUUUCUUUCCCCAUUCAGCGUAUUAUCCCCCACCCACCUCCCCCCUUGAGCCGUUUCAACGAUAUCAUCGCACUUUGGGCGCAGACCUCAUAUUGAUCUUCAUUCUUUUUUACUGAGGAUCUCAAUUCACGGAGAGAAAUCAACGUCACCUGCGCACGGGCAACCGCCCUUCUUUUCUUGAGUCUGUUGCCUUAACACCUACGCUACGCUGUCAGUUAUGGAGAGGCUGCCCCAGGAGUGCCGCGACAAUGUUGCAACUUUUCUGGGGGAGAAUAACGUGAACAACCUGGUAGUCGUGUCGAAAAAGUACUAUGACUCCUUUGUCGCGAGCAACUUGAGACAACUUUGGUUCGAAGGUCUCCCGAAAUUUCUUUCCCACGUGUUCAAGUCCUUGCUUGCAAUGAAGCCUAAUGAGAAGUUUGAACUUAUUAGAAAGGCAGCAAUUAUCCUGCAGAAGCGUGGGCGCAUCGGGAAGCAGCUAUCACUGUACGAGAAACUUGGCCCACUACUUGUCGAGAGUAUCUCGCAAAUGACCGGACUACAAGAGUGGGCUUUGGCCCUCGGCGGCUGGCCCCAAGAGCAAGAAAGGAUUCUCUGCGAGCUCUUGAUACGGACCCGGAAAUGGAACAGGCUCAAGUCUCUCAAAAUUUUGGCUUCACCAGAGAUCUUAUGUGCUGUUCUCAGCCGCUGCCUUCCCAAGAUUCUCGAAGCCGUUAAUCUAGAUGGGGAAUACGGUACACGGACGUAUAUUGAGCUGGUGCGCAUUUACUCUUCUUUUGGAAGCCAACACUCUCUGAAGAAGCUCAAUAUUUCCUCCAACCUUCACAGUCCAUUGUUAAGUGAACCGAUCAUUCUGGGAAUUGAAUAUCAUUUCGAAGGUCUCAUAUGCCUCGGUAUCCAAGGAAGUGCAAACGAACUUUGGGAUUCAUGGUGGAGGACUAAAGUCUCUGUGAGUCUCUUGCAUCAGAAGCUUGUCGCUUCGAAAGAUGAGCUGUCCCGUGUGUCGAAGAAGCACACAUCUACUUAGUCAAACUCGUUGAGUACAAUCUGCGAUCUUCUUAACGAAACAUCGACCCAAGAGCUUUGGCUCGGCAUGCCAUGCGCAAGCUUUGAACGAGAUUCUGUUCUCGAGUAUUUGAAUGAGCCAGUAACGAAUAACGCCGAGUGUGAAGAUGCAACCGAAUCUGAGCUUGAGCAAUCGUAUCGCAAACUAAUUAUGGAUAUCGCUUCAGCAUGUCAUCACAUUCGCAAGCUAAUAAUCGUUAAACAGUCUGACCAUGGAGCACAAAGGGUACCCAGAAGGCAGCUAAGUAUUCCUCUCUUCUCCCACGAAGCGGAUCAGACUGGUAAC